GUUUUCAUUCCUAUGCUUUUAUAUAUGUAGCUGUUUGAAGAAGUAAAAAUAUUUGGCAACGUCGAGAUCUCAUAUAUUGCCGGUUAUGAUCGCAAAUUCGGACGCUAUUCGAUUGUAGGACACCAAUACCAAGUACAAAUAAUGCCCUAAAAACAAGACAACUAUUAAAGAUAAUAGAAUGUCUAAAUAACAUAAUAUUUUAUGAAGAUUUAUCAACGAUAAGCAAAAGAUAUGAUUUGUAUUCCAAAUGAUUCUUCAAAAACAAAAUAAUUAUGUAUCAGUUUGUGAUUUACAAUCGAUUCCAAAACAGAAUUUAAAUAAAUAUAAAAAUAAGCAAUGAAAAUUUUUUCUCAAGCCAAGAAAAUCAUUCUGAUAUUUUAUGUAUGGAAAUAAGAAAUAGGCAACUGUUCAGCUUUUCCUUUUAAAGAACUACAUAUGCAGACAUAUUGUUGGUAUGACGGUUUGUUCAAAAAUAUUCUAAAUAAUCACAACCAACAAAUACAAUAUCGAUCGAUGAGAAAAGAAAAAUAGAUAGAUUAACUAAGAGCUAAAACUUGUUUUGCUAAUAGAAUAAUUCAAUUUUCAUUUAGUCAUGGAAUUUCUAUUGAUUGAUCUAAUGUGAUUUUAUUUUUCUAUAGGUAUCUUGAUAAAACAUUUUCUCAACUAAAUCAAUGUAUAAAACCAGAUUGGGUUUUUUUUUUCGGUGAUAUAUUUGAUGAAGGUUUAUCAACAUCGGAUGAUGAAUUUAAACGAUAUUUUCAUCGUUUUGAUUCAAUAUUUCAAUAUGAAAAUCGUGAGCAAAAAUGUAUUGUUAUUCCAGGCGAUAAUGAUGUUAGUGGAGAAUAUUAUGGUGAUAAACAACCAAUAUUAAGAGAACGUUUUCGAAAUUAUUUUGGUCGAACUAUUAACUUAUAUCGUCAAAAUAAUAUUGAAUAUCUUAAAGUAUUUCAUUUAAAA